CAUUCAUAGAUACUUUCUUUUGUAACUUAAAAACUCACAUACAUACAGCUUCACCAUAUUAAUGGGGGUAGAGAGAGUGCAAACACUGGCUAAUGGUGAGCUCAAUGAGCUUCCGGCCCAAUUCAUCCGCCCAGCCCACGAGCGCCCGGAGAACACUGAGGCCAUUGAAGGGCUCACCGUGCCAGUGAUCUCCCUCUCCCAGCCUCAUGAUGUUCUAGUAAAGGAGGUAUCAAGGGCAUGUAGUGAAUGGGGUUUCUGUCUAAUCACAGAUCAUGGUAUACCAGAAUCACUGAUCCAACGGCUGCAAAUGGUGGGGCAGGAGUUCUUUAAGCUCCCACAGAAGGAGAAGGAAGCCUAUGCAAAUGACCCUUCAAAUGGGAAGUUUGAAGGGUAUGGUACAAAGAUGACCAAAAACCAUGAUGACAAGGUUGAAUGGCUUGAUUACUUUUUCCAUCUCAUGUCUCCUCCUUCCAAGGUCAACUAUAGUUUUUGGCCCCAAAAACCUUCUUCUUACAGGGAAACAACAGAAGAGUACAACAAAGAAAUUCUGAGAGUGACAGAUGAGCUGUUGCAGCUGCUCUCGGAGGGGAUGGGUUUGGAAGGAAAUGUUUUGAAGUCCCACUUGGGAGGUGAAGAUAUAGAAGUAGAAAUGAAAAUAAACAUGUACCCACCAUGCCCGCAGCCUCAGUUGGUCCUCGGCGUUGAACCGCACACUGACAUGUCUGCAAUUACCAUUCUUGUUCCCAACGAUGUUCCAGGCCUUCAUGUGUGGAAAGAUGAAAAAUGGGUUGCUGUGAAUUACCUUCCUAAUGCACUCCUCGUCCAUAUCGGUGACCAAGUCGAGAUUCUAAGCAAUGGGAAGUACAAGAGUGUGCUUCACAGAAGCAUAGUGAACAAGGACCGUAUGCGCAUGUCAUGGGCAGUGUUUUGCGCUCCUCCACAUGAGGCACUAAUCGGCCCUGUUCCAGCGCUUGUGGAUGAUCAAAACCCAGAAAAAUAUUCUACCAAAACCUUUGCUGAGUAUCGGUUUCGCAAAUUCAAUAAGCUCCCACAGUAAGGUCUAUGAUGAUGAGUAAGGUCGCUGCCGACCCUAAAGUUUUGGAAUAAAGACUUGUCUUUGAUGAUGAUAAGAUGCGUAAGGUCUAUUUAUUGUUGCUUAAGAAUGUUUUUCCCACGAUAAGCUUUGAAGGUGUCUUGAAGACUUUCAUUGGAGUUGGUCUUCAUACCACUCUAUAAAUAAAAAUGAUUCAGUUCAUUCUCUUGAAAGUCCUAUGUAUUCAAUUAUUAUCAAAUAAAUUAGCAAGGUGUUUUCUUAAUGUUGCU